AUGCCGAACUCCAACGCAAACAUGGCUUCCAAUGACACCACUAAGCCAAAGCCUAAACCAAGAUUGAGUAGAAGCCUACCAGAUCCUGGCCUCUCUCCAAUUACCCCUAUGCCACAUCAGCACAUCAGAUCAAACUUACAACCAAAUCUUCAGGAAAUAAUCCAGAGAAAUAUUGAAUUGCAACUUCCUGCCUUAAUUGCUAGAUGCCUCGCAGAUAACUUUUCUCCUGCUAAUCUCACAUCAGAAUACCUACCUUUGAGCCCCGGCCUCAAGGAGUGCAUGGAUGAGCAAACGCAGUCUUUAAAGGAAAUAAAGCAAGAUAUUUCCUCAAUUAAAGAGUCUCAAACAUUCCAAUCAGAGAUGUAUGAUGAGAUAUCUGCGAAGCAAAAAUCAAUGGAGGAUAACCUUUCAAAAUGCUGCAAAAGAAUUCGUGAACUGGAAGAUCUAGUUUACGAGCUUGAGGAGGAGUUAUUUUAUACAACUGAUAAAGUCGAGGAGCAAGAAAGGCGCUCUAGACUCGACAACCUCGAAUUUCAUGGUUUAGCUCCUACUCCUAAUGAGGACACAGAUAAACUGGUAAUGGAGGUGGGGAAAAUGAUACAUGUUGAUAUCAAGCCAUCUGAUAUUUCUGUUACUCAUCGUUUCCCAUCACAGAACUCAAACAUCCAUAAACCUCUAAUUGCAAAGUUCACCAACAGAAAGAUCCGAAACAAGAUACUUAAGAAUCGCCAUCUCAUUAGAACUGCUCGCAAUACUACAUCCGUGUCUAACUUAUCAAAAGCCUUCAUUGUCGAAAACUUGACAGACAAAAAUAGAAAUCUAUUUUACCAAGCCAAAAUUCUAAAAAGACAAUGUGGAUACGCUUUUCUGUGGACAUCCAGUGGAAGGGUUCUUGUGAAAAAAAAUAAAGAAACUAACACCUUAUCAAUAUCUAAUGAAGAUGAUUUGCAAAAAAUCAGAUAA